CUAUAUAAAUAAUACUUGGCGCGAACCCUGAUCAGUCGAGUUGCGGCGGCCGUACCUGUCGCAACACACAAUAAUGCAUCGUACCAUAACAAACUGAAACCGGUUGUCCUUUUUCACAUCUUUCGCUGCUUCGCGUUCUCAUUUACCUUAACCUUGUUCUGUACUUGCGUCGUGCGACUCUUAUAUAUAUAUAUACAUAUAUUUCUAUUUUAUUCUUUUUGACGCACCGCAUCCAGGUGAUAUACUUCGUGUGCCUCUCUUUCUCUCUUUGUCUCUUCACCUUAUUUCUCGGUGUGUACAGAAGAAGUGACCCACCAGCAGAAUGUCGCACGACAAUUUCGGAUUUACCUCGAGUACGGAUGCUUUGGAUACUAAAAAAUGGUCGUCCAAGAACAACCAAAAUGGUUACGACCACAAGUCCAACAUCUAUGUUAUGGAGCUUGAGGAGAAGAAGAAAAGCGUGCAAGAGUACGAAGAGGACUACGAUCCUUACGAUCACAGAAAUGUCACCCAUCCAACCACGAGCUGGGAAACGUUGCUACAUUUGCUGAAAGGCAGCUUGGGUACGGGGAUCCUUGCUAUGCCAAAGGCUUUCUACCAUUCUGGAUACGGUAUUGGUAUAGUGGCAACAAUAAUCAUAGGUCUAUUCUGUACUUAUUGUAUGCGGAUUCUUGUCAGUUGUGAGUACGAGCUUUGCAAGAGGAAGAGGGUAGCUUCGUUAAGUUACCCUGCUACAGCGGAAGCUGCGUUGUUGGAAGGCCCUGCUCCGUUUAGGCGGUUUGCUAAGGCUUCUACUCACACGAUAAACGCAUUCCUUAUGGUAUAUCAAUUGGGAACUUGCUGCGUCUAUACUGUAUUCAUCGCCACGAAUUUACAACUGGCAUUGAAAACAUACGUUUCUGACAUUGAUGUCAGGUUGUAUAUGUUGGCAAUUUUGAUACCUUUAAUUUUGGUCAAUUGGAUCAGAAAUCUGAAGUUCCUGGCGCCGUGUUCGACGGUCGCUAAUUUCAUUACGUUCGUCAGCUUUAGCAUAAUAUUGUACUACAUCUUCAGGGAGCCUUUGUCGUUCGAGAAUCGAGAAGUGAUUGGAAAUGUUGAGAAUUUCCCUCUUUAUUUUGGCACUGUGCUAUUCGCCCUCGAAGCUAUUGGCGUGGUAAUGCCAUUGGAGAACGAAAUGAAGAAGCCAAAGACGUUCAUGCGUACGUUCGGCGUCCUAAACAUUGGAAUGGGCGUUAUCGUAGCUCUCUAUACAGGACUAGGUUUCUUUGGUUACAUUCGUUAUGGCAGUGGCAUCAAAGGUAGCAUCACCUUCAACUUGGACGAACCUUUAGCCCUCGCCAAAAGUGUUCAAAUCUUAUUGGCUAUAGCCAUCUUCUUCACUCAUCCGAUUCAAUGCUACGUGGCGAUCGAUAUCAUCUGGAAGGAUUACCUCGCACCGAAUCUUGAGAAGAAUUCGCAUAAGCUGUUGUGGGAGUACGCCUUGAGGACUUCGCUCGUCCUUUUCACGUUCCUGUUAGCCGUGGCGAUUCCGCAACUAGAUCUGUUUAUAUCCCUGUUCGGUGCUCUGUGUCUCUCUGGUUUGGGCCUGGCAUUCCCCGCUCUCAUUCAAAUCUGCACAUUCUGGCAUGUGCACGACCGCACAGGAAAGGCGAUAAUGAUAGCAAAGAACAUGUCGCUGGUACUUUUCGCGGUCCUUGGUCUCAUAGUUGGAACCUAUACGAGUCUCCGUGACAUCAUCAAGACCUUCUCUUGAACUGUGCGCCCUGGAAAUGGUACAGUAACAGGUCGGUAAGGAGUACAUUAGGAAAGAAGAAUGAGAAAACGUGGUAGAACGUAGCGGAAGAAGAAAAGAAUUAAUGGAAGAAUCUUUGAAGAUAGAGUGACGGGAAAAAAGAAAAGCAAAAACUAUGGCCAAUGUGAUAAGUUAGCUGUUUAAUAAAACCAGCGGCUCGAUUGGGCUGCGUAUAAGAUCAUCUAAUACUAAUUUUAAGAUCUUCCAUUUUGUUGAUGGAGAAGAUGUAUUUUCUGAUGUAUUUUUUAGAAAUAUGCGUUGAUCGCGUGAAUAGAAAAUAAGCGAGGAAGAUUGAAAAAGGUUGACGCCUGGCGUGUCUGAUUUAAUGGUACAAGCGUGCUUGAAAUGCGGUUUAUUAUAAAAUAUGGUUGUGAAUGGUAUCGCCUGACAAGGAACUGUUUCUCUCUUUUUUUUUUUUUUUUUUUUUUUUUUAUCGUUUCCAAGCCGCCGUGUCUUCUCUGACAGCAUGGCGGAUGGAAUUUCAAUCGAACAGUGAUAUUUUGAUACUUGGUCGGUUAGAUCGCGAGAAAAAAUAAAGACGUUUAUUUAUGAACGUGGAGGCAGAUUGAGCUGCAUAGUUCGACCUUUAACUAUUUAACGUGCAUGUAGAUUAAUCAUGACGUGCUGUUCGUAACUUGAAGUAAAACAGAAUGAUUAAUUUUUCGCAAUUCUUUUUAACUCUGUUGCAAGUCUUGAAUAUUUAUUUACUGACGAACGAAAGUACAGUGCUGGCCAUAAAUACUUGGACACUUCAAGAUAUUAACUAGUUUUACUUUUCGAUUAUUUUACUUUUAAAUCUUACUUACUUCAUUUAAAUCCAUUUUUUUUCAAUUAGAAUUGCUUUAUGCAGCAAAAUUCUAAACGAGGUAGGAUUUGUUAGAGUCUUAUAAUAAUUGUAACGAGUAGGUGUCUUAAUACUUAUGCCUGGCAGUGUACGUAUAUACGUACGAUACAAAUACAUUUUUAUACGUAUGAUGAGCAAAAGUAUUGGCACUGACCAGCUUAUCUUGUAAGCUUUUGUGAAAAGAUUUGUAAAAAAAAAAAAAAAAAAAAAGAAAAAAAAUUCACGGAGACAUGAGAACAGUUAUAAAUUUCUGCUACGAGUAACUGUCGUAAAGAACUGAAACCUCUGCUCGAUUCAGUCUUUUUAUCACUUCUGGAUUAUGUGCUUGCAGAACGUUAUUAUUUUCACAAAUUUCUGGGAUCGAUUUUUGUAUCAGUUUUACAGUAAUUGAUGCUUAAUGUUUCAAUACGAACAGUUUAUUUACUAUUUUAUUAUUAUUUAUUACGUUUAUUACACAGCUGUUUAACGAUAAGAGACUUGAUAUAUUUAAACUAUAGACCUGAAAGUUAUUUUACAAAAAAAAAAAAAGAAGGAAUCGUAAAUUUUACAUUACAACAGUAAAAGUGCUUUUAUAUUUUGUUCGAACUUAAUAUAUUUUGUAACGUUAAAGAAAUAUUUGAUCGGAGAUAACGUAAAGAAUGCAGCAGGGUUAAGCAUAAAUCCAUCAGCUUGUCGAUUGUUGUUCUAAAAGAGAAAUUCAUAAAUAAUAUUUUCAUUGUUACGUCGAAUUCAAACGACUGAAUAAUACAUCUUGCGUAAGGUGUGAGGCGUUUGCGCGUUAAGUGGUUAAGAAUUAUCUGAUGAUUAACGCGAUUAUGAUCGAGUAAAUGUGUUCUAACCGCUAUGAUUCUCGUCUAAGCUUAAGAUUGAUAACCGAAAAAUGAAAUGUGUUCAUCGACGAUGAUGAGAUAGCUCCGCUUGAAACAUCAUUUCAUUUUUUAUUCGAGAAACAUUCAUUUCUCUAAAGCAAGCGACUAGCCUUGCUAGCGAAACUCAUGUUUUUCUCUUUGUAGAAAUAUCAUUUCGCCAUUGAUACCGUGUUCUCGACAAAGAAAUCACGGUGCAAAUUGUUUCUAGGGAUAAUUGGCAACUAAUUAACCGAAACAAGGAAUGAUAUUUCGUUGGAUUUUCGAUACGGACGAUGUAUGUAAAAUAAAAUUUAUGAAUAUCGUGGAUUAGAUCACGGAAUUUGAUACAGACGAUUUAUGUAAGAUAAGAAACGAAACAGAUGAUGAUCGCGAAAGAACAAAAUCCCUCGGUUUUUAAGUACAACGUAAUUAUAUUAUUUAUUAAUUGUAUUAAGGUAAAGUAAAUUUAAAACACGUAUGUCUUUUUUUUAUAUUAAUAAAGCGGGGCUGUACUUGUUACGCCUUGCUCGAUCAAUUAAUAAAUUAAUGUCGAAGAUUAUGAUCGAUUAUUGUGUGGAUUAUAAAAUGGAUCCCUUUUUGUUUUUGAAAUCUCUAUUUUAUUGCUGAGAAUAUUAUCAGUUGUAGCCAUGAAUAAAUUUGUUGUGACUAGUUA